AUGGCAGUCUUCUGGAUCCCCAAACAUGAGGAGAUCCAGAAUUCUUUUGCGGCGGAUCAGUCUGCAGAGCCCAACCAGCAAAGAAACUGGCUGGUCACUGGAAGAGAAAAGGCGCUGCGGAAGGCCUGCGUGGAGAACCGCGGCUUCGAACUGCCGGAGCUGAACGAAGUGCUGAUUUUGCACUACCGCGGCUUCCGCAAAAUCGAAAAUUUGGAUGAAUACCACAACGUGCGAUCCAUUUUCCUAGAAUGCAAUGGCAUCAGCAAGAUCGAGAAUUUGGAGGUGAUGCCUCAAUUGGUCUCCCUCUAUUUGCAAUCCAAUUGCAUCACUCGCAUGGAGAACUUGGAUUUGUUGUCGAAUCUUCAGUAUUUGAAUCUCUCGCACAACAGCAUCUCCGAAGUUCAAAACCUUGGAACACUCAGCAUGUUGGACACCCUGAAUCUGGCAGCCAACAAGUUCGAAGACGUGGAGAAGUUGAAGGGUCUCAGUGAGCGCCCCAGCCUUCGAUCCGUGGACGUCAGUUCCAACUACUUCGAAGAUGGGGAUGCCUUGGUGAACUUCUGGGAAUCCAACCUGCCAAAUGUUCAGUGUUUGUAUCUACAUCACAAUCCUUGCUCCAGGGCCUUGAAGGACUCCCGGCGUCGCCUGAUCUCCCGCCUGUCGCAGCUCCGCUGGAUCGACGAGCGCCCCGUGACGGCCAUGGAGCGCGCAGGCUGCGAGGCCUGGGCCGUUGGAGGCAAAGAGGCGGAGAUGGAGGCCAAACACGCACAUUGGUUGAAGGAGAAGGAGGAGAAGGAGCGGAGCUUCCAGAACUUUCGCCGCGUACAGCAGGCCCACGCGGAGCGCGCCAAAGCCCAGAAGGAGGCGCAAGCCCGUCGUGACGCCGCCCGAGAUCAGGCGCAGGCGGCCCUGCAGGAGACGGGGAUGCUGAACGAUGGCUUCGUGCUGAUGCCUGAACGCAAUGUGGCUGAAAGCAUGGAAGUUGUGGAGACCAAAAAUCAGGAAGCUAAAGAUGAUGAACUGGAUGCAGUUGAUGCAGUUGAAAGUGAAGUGCCAGAAGUGACACCGGUGGAGGGGGUCCAGGAGGUUGAUGAAGAGCCGGAGGAUGCUGUUGAAGAAACUGUUGAGGAUGUUGGACCUUUUGAAUGGACAGGCUUCAAAGAUCGGUGUUUGGGACGGCUGGUCGCGGAACAUCGCUACAACUUCAAAAAGGCAUCAGCAGCCUUGUGCAAGGAGUUCGCGUGCGAGGUCGGUGAACAAGAAUGCCGCCGCCGCUAUGGUGAGUUGUGUCGUCCCUCCCAACAGACCGCUGAGAACCGGCAGGAAGCCGCCCGGAAAAGCAUCCAGGAAGGUGCUGGGCGCGCUGCCGAUGGCCCACCACCUGAUGCUGCGGCCGUGAAGGAGGUGUCCCAAUGGUUCGUCCGGCGCAUCCGCCAGGGGAACGGGCAAGCAGUGGCAGGUAAGAAGCCGAAGGCCGCUGAAGGCCAUGAAAAUCCUGAUGAAGAUCCGGUUGAAAAUGAAAAUCCAGUGGUUACACAUCCCAUGUCCAGUGAGGCGCAAAGCCUCAUGGGUUUGAGCGGAUCCAUGUUGUUUUCUCCACCUCCAAGGCAGCCUUUGGAUCCCAUCCAGCUUCAAAAUCAGGAGCUGAACCCAGAGGUGCCCAAGGUGGCCACGGGGCAACGACCUGUGGUUGUUUCGAAGUGUGCUGAAGGUUUACAUGACUUGGUGGCGGCAACACUGGAGAAGGAUUUGGAAGAUGAACGACGCGAACGACGUGAGCAGGUAGCUUUCCUCAACCGCAUUUGCGCGAAAGAACGAGAGCUUCUGGUUGGUCGUGCGGAAUCCUUUCAGCGUCAGUUUGCUGAGGCAAAGUGGGCAAAAGAGUUAUGGGACCGGGAGAGGGCGCUCCUCCAAGACCGGAUCCACGUGUCAGAGACGGCCAUCGCGGCCAGCAACCGAUUUUCUUUGGAGCGGGCAGAGGCAAAGGAGGUGUCCCUCCAGAGGCAGAUCUCCGAUCUACGACAGAGUGAGCAGAGUUUGGAAGCACAAGUGCAAAAGGAGCAAAGUCUCCGUGAGGACGAGACCAAGCGAUGGCAGGGGAUCCUGGUGCUGCAGUGGGAAUGCUGGGAUGACUGGAUGUUUCCAAAGUAUUCCAAAGUGGUCUCCGAUGACAAAUCGAUCCAUGAGCUCCACCUGGGGCAUGUGCUGAGCAGGGCUGAGUUGGAUAUGUCCAAGAAGGAGUCCGCUGCAAAGAUCCAGGAGCUCACAGGCGAGCUUCAAUCGUGUCAAAGCCAACGAGACAACGCUGCAGGGGCUUUCAAGGAGGUUCUGAGCAAGCAAGCUGCGUGUGAGGCGGAGGCCGUGGCCAUCAUUCGCCAGGAAGCGGCCGAGCAGCGUGCGCUGCUGCUGAGCGAAGCGAACGCGGAAGUCCAGGCCUUGCGCGGCGAAGAGAAUGACAAGCUGAAACGCGAUGUUUCAGCUAAGUCGGCGGCAUGGUCGGAGGCGCGGGCUGAGAUUGAUGAGCAGGUCGCCAGGCUCAGGACAGAGUAUGAAGAAGAGAGCCAAGAGUCCUUGACCAAAGCUGUUCAUCAACUGCAGGUCGCUGACGACCUGGUGGUGGGCUUGCGCCGGCGCUCCGAACAGGACUCCGACGCGCGUGCGAUGUGUCUGCGAGAGUUCGAAGCUGCAAAGCAGGAAGCAGCAGAGGAAGCCGCCUGCUGCCGACGUUUACUGGCCGAGAGCUUGCUGAGCAACUUCCAGGUUCCUCAAAGUUUCAGGAGCGACCUCAGUAGAGGUUCUGAUCAGAUGAAUGAGAUCUACCGUGAGCGUCAAGAGGCCAUGGCCAUCAUGGAGCGUCUGCGGUCACGGCAUCCACCCGAGGAGCCCACCAGCGAAUUGCCGUGGCCUAAGAUUGGCUCCAUUGGCAGCUCGCCCAUGAGGUCUUCUCCUGGGCUGCGUGGCGCCCGCGACAUGUCGUGGCUGUCAAGCGCCAUGGCGAUGGCGACUGACAAGGUCCGGGCCAUUGGCUGGGAUUUCACCCCACUUUCGCGUGCGAAAUUCAAUGGAUAUCCAGGUCCGGCAAUUUGGCUCGAAGUGGGAAGGGCACGCAGGAAAACCCCGACGAUACAAAUGUUCCCUUAA